CAGAUGUCGCUUAGCUCUUCAACAGAAAGUAAUCAAAACAUUUCUGCAAAACAUCUGAUCGCGUGCGAAACUCGUAAAUGUAGAUAAAUAUUGAAAACUCAUCACCAACUCAUUUUAAUAAUGUCAACGAUAGAAGAUUUACCCUGGCGCAAGAGUAUAAUUCAGCAAUUGCACGAACGAAACAAGCAUCAGCACACUUUCCUAGAGCUUAUCGCACAAAAUAAUAAACUUUUUGAUAACGCAAACAUCUUGCGGGUGGAGAACGUCCAAUUAACAGUGCAGAAUGAGCAACUACGAAGCAGCUCAGGGAUGGCAGUUGGGUCCAAAGGUGAUGGAAAACAGGUGGAACGUAUUCAGCAUUUUGAGCAGAAACUGCUUGCCCAACAAGAAGAGCUUACAGAACUACAUAGGAGGAAAGGGGAUCAUGUGCAACAAAUUAUUGAUCUUAAUACUAAGUUACAAGAAAAGGAAAAGUUAUUAAGUAGUAAAGACUUAAGUUUAAGUGAAUCUACAAAAUUAAACAAUUCCCUAAGAGCUGAGAUAACAAUGUUGGAGAACAACUCAAAAGAAUUGCUGAAUUUAAACCAAAUGUUACGUGAUGAACACCAAGCUUUACAACUUGCAUUCACCUCAUUAGAAGAUAAACUUAGAAAAGCACAGGAUGAAAAUGCUCAGUUAGUGGCGCGACUUAUAGGAUACAAGGCAAAAGAUGCUGAGAAAAUGAAUGAAGAGAAUGAUAAUUUCCUCAACGACGCGAGCAGGCAGCUAGCGACAAUUACAAUGAGUGCAUUCGGUCGAUUCAGGAAACGCAAUGCAAAAAUGCAAAAAGAACUGGAGGAAGCAUGUAGAGAUAUGCGGGGGUUAUCACCCGAUGAUUUUCGUGAUGGUGCGGGACCAAUUUACGUCGACUCCAGGGUGCCAACAACCGCAUCGUUGAAAUUUGAUGCGCACGAAGGUGAAGUGUAUGCGGUGAAAUGGAGUCCGGAUCGUAUGCUUGCCACCGGUGGCGCGGACCGAAAAGUUCGACUCUGGGAUGUAUCAAAAGGUUCACCGGACAGUCGCGGUGUGCUUCAGGGUAGUAACGCGGGCGUGAUGUCUGUGGAUUUUGACAGCACCGGAACUCUUCUCCUCGGCGCCUCCAACGACUUUGCCAGUCGCGUCUGGUCGGUGGUGGAUCAACGUUUAAAGCACACAUUGACUGGACAUUCUGGGAAGGUUCUCGCAGCUAAGUUCCUCGGCGAGGCAUCCAAAGUCGUCACUGGGAGUCAUGAUCGCACGCUGAAAAUUUGGGAUCUCAAGAGUCGAGCUUGUAUCGAAACAAAAUUCGCCGGCUCCAGCUGCAACGAUCUGGUGACGGCCGAUAGCGGGGGUUCGUCGAUAAUCAGCGGACACUUCGAUAAGCGGAUACGUUUCUGGGACGCUCGGACCGACGCCAGCGCCAACGAUAUCGUCCUUAACGGAAAAGUUACAUCGCUGGAUCUAUCGCGCGAUGGAAAAUAUUUGGUGACCUGCGUCAGGGACGACACCCUCAAAAUUCUCGACCUGCGGAAAUGUCAGGUAGUACUGACUUUUAGCUGUGAUGGAUUUAAGGUGGGCUGUGACUAUGCUCGUGCCACCUUCAGCCCUGAUGGGCAAUAUGUUGCAGUGGGUUCAGCCGAUGGCAGCGUCUACGUCUGGAGCGUGAUGACGUCUAAUGUAGAGACUAUUCUCAAGGAACAUACAUCUCAUGGCAUCUUCUCCAGGUCAGCAACGACGGCGACCGCAUGGUGUCCUUUCGGCCAUUUUCUCGCCAGCGUAGAUCGUUCCAGGAAGGUUGUUGUCUGGGGUGAUCAUUGAAGGAACACAAAGAGAAGCUAAGAAUUCCUGUAAGAGGUAAAAAAGUGUUCAUAUUUCAUUGGAAACGCAGAAACAAAUUAACACCAUUCAGUUCAUACUCAGGUGUAAAAUAAUUGUAAAUAUUAGAUUUAUACAAGCUUAGCCAGUUUGGAUUUUUAUUUUUAAUUUGUUUUCUCAUCACAUACGUUUCAGAUAAAGACUCAAUCCACUCAUUUUAAUCAUAAUUCAGAUAUCUUUUAUGUUAAUAAUCAAAAUCAAUGUAUACACGAUAUACCAAUCAAAAUGGUAAAGCCAAAUGUUUUGUACAUCACUAGAUUUGUUAAGAUUUGUUACAAAUGCUGUAAAAUUUAAAAACGCUGCCCUGAUGUGGUGCCAUUUGUGAGAAUCUAGUGGAUUCCACUUCUUAGCGUGCCUUUUAAUUCAUUUCCUAUGGAUAAGGAGUACUGGCGUAAUAAAUAAGCGAAACAAUUUAUAAGAAUGUGAUGCAUGAUUACACUGCGAAAUUAUUCAUUUAGCCAGCGAUAAAAUAGGAAUGAAUAUAAAACAAUACUUACUUUGAUAUUUAAUACGAAUGCGAAAUACGUGUUCGCGUUAAUGCAUCAUUGAGUUUUCAUGGUAGAGCGUCCAUAGUUUAUUUACAGCGCUUUGUUUUUGUUGUACUCUGUUUGCAUUGCAUUGCACAGCGAAAGCAAAAUAUGAAUACUUCCAUCUUUUAUAUUGUAAAUCGAUUGUAAUAUCCCGGACUGAAUGUUUCAUUAUUCCGAGCGAUUAAAAAGUUAUUACUUAUUGUAA